AUGACGAAAUGGAACGACCUCGACGACGAUGACUGGCAGGACAUGCCCGUCAUUCACUCGACCGGCACAAGUCUGUCCCCCCUACGCCAUCGCGACGACUAUGACGACGACGUUCGUGCGCCCCAUCGCCGCAAUGCGCAGUGGAGCCAUCAUCGCAUCUCACCGACCACGGUCCAACGCCAUGACUCGUGGAUCGCACCAUCCUCGUCGUCGUCUGCUUCGGCGUCUUCUUCCCAUCAUACCAAUGGCGCAGGUCCGUCGGCUUCAGCUUCGACCGCGUCCAUGAUCGCAGGUGGCGCGGGAGGGGGCAACGCGACCGGUAAGCUCAUCGACGUCGACAGCGGCGGACAGGCGUGGAAGGAGAAGGAGCAACUCGACGAGAUGGACUACACCCGUCUCGAACUCGACGACGAUCCCGACGAGGAUGAAAUCUCGAUGCGCACCCAAUACCUCUUCAACCAGGAUAAAGGCAUGACACCUCUGUCGCAGAUGCAAACGACAAAGACCUUGCUCACCGAGGGGCAGAGGAUCGCUUACGUCGGGUUGUGUCGCCUCGUCGCGCGCGAGAUGGUACAGACCCUCGUGCUUGCUUCCAAGGGCGCACCCGAACUUGCACCUGCGAGGGAGAGUUGCAAGACCUGGUCCAACAAAAUUAUGGGAAGGCUGUAUCGCCACAUGGAGGUCGAUGGUGCUGGUCAGUCUGCCAACAAGCUAAAAAUUUGAGCCCUCAUUCCCUCGUACUUAUCCUGGUUCCGCACGGACAGAACAACGCAUGAUCGAACAACUUGCCGAACAUGGCGUGACCGCCGAGGAUCUCACGCCAUCCCUCAUGUCGACCUAUACCGUCACCAACCCUGAAUACGAUCCCGAGGCCGCUCAGGCCGAGGAGGAGAAACUCGAAGAGCAACGACGAGAGCACGAAGCGGAGCAAGAGGAGGAGCGAAAAAAGGCGCAGGAGGAAGAGACACGGCGGAAGAAAGAGGAAGAAGCGAGACGGAAAGCUCAAGAAGAGGAACAGGCCGAAGCUGAGCGGAUAGAGAUCGAAGCCGAGGCGACACGGCAGGAGCACCUCCGGGUCGAACGUGAAGGCAGAGUCGCGCGCGAGGUGGCCAAACUCGAACGACGGGCCAGUCUUGCUCGGAUGGAUCCGCUAGCGUUCGCUGAGGAGUUUGGAUCCCCUGCUUCCUCGCCCACACGCAUUUCGCGGUCGUCGUCGGCCCAUUCACUUCGAUCUCUUGGGUCUCCCAAAGGGUUCUCGCCUCGAUUUUCGCCUCCAGGCUCGCCAUCGAGUCGACAGAGAGCCCUUGACGGCGCCGAGGGUGAUAUUGGAGGAGCUUUGGACAGUCCGACGACACGGAGUCGUACGACAACAGCAGAUAGCGAAGUGAACGAUGCGCCUUCCACGUCGUCGCCACCCCCGCCGAAUCUGCCUUCACAAACCGUCGCCGCCGGUGCACCAGCUAUCGCCCUCGUUGCACCCGACGAAAACGAAGCCGUUCCGAUAGAGGAACCGUCCUCACCAUCACUCUCGAUGCAUCAACCCGACAACUUUCUGCAGCCGAUGCCAUCCUCCCUCCCCGGUGUGACGACCAAACUUUCGACCGCGGACAAGGAGAUCACCCUCGAUAUCCGGUGGACGAUCUUGUGCGACCUUUUCCUGUCCUUGAUUGCCGACUCGGUCUAUGAUGCGAGGUCACGCGUCCUUUUGUGCAUGAUCGCCGACAAGCUCGGGUUGGAAUGGAUCGACGUCGUUCGGUUCGAGCGUCGACUCACCGAGGCGCUUGAGAUUCAGGAGAACGUCAAGCAAAAGGAACAUCUCGAGGUGUUGGAGGAACGAAGGGUCAAGGGGCAGAACAAGCGAUACGUCAUGAUGGGAUUGGCGACGCUUGGUGGUGGACUCGUCAUUGGAUUGUCGGCCGGUCUACUUGCGCCAGUCAUUGGUGCCGGUCUAGGAGCAGCUUUAACGACGGUCGGAGUGUCCGGGACGACGGGCUUCCUCGCUGGCGCGGGUGGAGCAGCGAUCAUAUCCUCGGGUGCGACCUUGACGGGUGCGACGAUCGGAGGCAAAGCCAUGGCCAAACGUACUCGCCACGUCAAGACGUUCGAGUUCCUCCCUUUGCACAACAACAAGCGCGUCAACUUCCUUAUCACCAUCCCGGGCUUCAUGAAUGGUCCACUCGAUGACGUGCGCUUGCCGUUCAGUCCUCUUGAUCCGUUGAUGGGGGACGUGUUCUCCGUGUUAUGGGAACCGGAGAUGAUGGGGGAUACGGGGAAUGCGUUGAAAAUCUUGUCGACUGAGGUGCUGACUCAGGCGGGGCAGCAAGUCUUGGCCUUGACGGUGAUGACGGCUUUGAUGAGCGCGCUGCAGUGGCCCAUGAGUGAGUGAGCUGGGACCUAGCUCGAUCUAUGUGCGCUUGCAGCUGAUUAAGGAUACUUGGUCUUUUUGCAGUGCUCACCAAACUGAGUUAUCUCAUCGACAACCCUUGGUCGAACGCUCUCGAUCGCGCUCGCCAAGCCGGCGCUGUACUCGCCGACAUCCUCAUCAACCGACAACUCGGUGUGAGGCCCGUAUCCCUCGUCGGCUUCUCGCUCGGCGCGCGCGUCAUCUUUUACGCCCUCGUUGAACUAGCAAAGGCGAAUGCGUUCGGUGUCGUUCAGGAGGUGUAUCUUUUCGGUGCGACUGUGACGGCGUCGAUGAAGGUGUGGCGACAAGUUCGAGGAAUCGUCGCCGGUCGAUUCGUCAAUGCUUUCGCGAUGAACGAUUGGGUCCUCGGGUAUUUGUUCCGUGCCACCUCAGGAGGUUUGCAAACCGUCGCUGGAUUACGGCCGAUCGAACACGUUCCAGAUCUCGAAAAUGUUGAUAUUACCGACAUCCUCGUGGGGCACAUGAGUUACCGUACCUUGAUGCCGACUUUGCUCAAGUACGUCGGCUUCAAGGUCACCGCCGAUCACUUCGAUGAACCCGAAGAGAUGGAACCCGAUGCGCCCGAUCGCGAGGUCCUCACCGCCGCGGAAGAACAAGAGCGGCUUGAACGCAAAUCGCGAAAGAAGGUACUCGGGUUGUUCUCGAGGAGUAAGAAGUCGACACCGACGAAUUCGGCACCAAUGUCGAGAGCUCAGUCGAAGGAUGAAUAUGAUGAUACACCGCCGAGACUUUCGUCGUCGUCUUCGACUUCGGUUGAUCGCGCGUCGUCUGAUACGGGGGAUAUCGGUGUUGGAGACCUCAAGUCCAAGAGGGCGAAUCGGUCCUCUCUGUCCAUCUCCACCGUCGAUGAUAGCGAAUCAACGCACGAUGGGGACUCUCCUGCCCUUUCUGAACCUUUGACGAACGCCGCUCCCGCCGUUCCCGCCAUUCCCUCCGGCUUCGACCUCAACAAGAUCCGAGCCGAAGUCGCUCAACUACCCGCACGAUCCCCAUCAUCCCCUUCCUCCUCCUCUUCCACACCCUUCCCUCCGCACAGCCGAACUCGUACAACCGAGAGUGAACCCACGGACGUCCCUUCGCCCGCGAUCGAAAUCGCCCUCUCGCGUCCUCAAACCGAUCUAACGAAUCUCGAUACGACGUUGGAUCCUCGGGAAUUACUUCGCCGACAAUGGGCAGAUGAAUCGACGACGCCUUCUUCACUUGAUCGCGCUCCCCCAGCUGUUCUCGAAGAUCAAGGUUGGGGAUCACCUACCACACCGAUCGCUGGAACGACGAGUCUGGCACUUUCCGAACCGACUUUCACCUUCGCCAACGACCUUAAUGGUGAACUUAUGCCUCCAUGGACGAUGCAGACUCCCAAAACCGUUCCUACGAACGGGAGGGACGAGGAAGUCGUCGUCCCUGAUCCGGCGGGAACUCCUUUCGUUUGGGGUGGUACGACGGGGAGUAAUGCGAGUACGGUCAGCUUCAGGGAGAACCCAUGGUAG